CAAAAGUACAAAACCCAGGAGCCGCCAAUCGAGCUGCUGAGCUGACUAGCUGGACCCGCGAGGCUUCGUAAACGGCUGGAGCGUGGAACUCUCCCGAACACCGAGACGCGUCCUCCUGCCGACGCGCGAGAUCCAACGGCCCCGUCCCCAACACAGGCACACACACCUCAACGGCGUAGGCGCACGCACCUGUCCGCUCCUCCCUCGCCGCCGUCCCCACGAGGUCGUGCCGUGCCCCACCGCCGGAAUCCGCCCAAGUACCACCACCCGUUGUCUGUUGAUUCACGAACCGCAGGCGCAGACUCACUGACACGCCCACCUCGUCGUCACCUCGCCUCGUGAAGCACCUGCGCGAAGCAGGGUUUAGGCCUCAGGGCCAGAGGAAACCCCCAUCCAUGGAGCCCGCUGCGGUGGCGGCGGCGCCGAUCCCGCGAGGCGGGGCUUUCGGGCGAGUCCGGGUCGCCUGCGGCGCGCGGGGGUCGCGGCGGGUCGUGGUGGGCGCCGGCCUCCCUCGGCCCGCCCGCGUGAGGGUGCUCGUCGCCGCGCUUCCGGAGCCCCUCGACCAGCUCUCGCCCGCACAGGAGGGCGCCGCUGCGCUAGACUCAGAGGCUGACGACGUCCAUAUGAAUGCGGCUUCUGCUGAGAUUUCUUCUCGCCCUGCUGUUCAUGGGAGUACGGUGCGUGUCAGAUUUGUGCUAAAAGAGCAGUGCACCUUCGGCCAUAGCUUCCUCCUGGUUGGUGACGACCCUGCGCUCGGCCUCUGGGAGCCAACAAAUGCGAUAGCUCUGGAUUGGUCGGAAGGCCACGAUUGGGCUGUAGAGAAAGAUUUGCCGGCCAACAGGCUGGUUGAGUUUAAGUUCUUGCUGCUAGAUUCCCUGGGGAAGUUCCAUUGGCAGAAUGGGGCUAAUAGAAGCGUACAGACCGGUGAAACCGCAAAGACGUUGGUGGUCUACGAAGAUUGGGUUGAUCACAAGAAGCAGAAAGUAGCAGAGGAGGGAGACGCUUCAGUUGGAGUGGUGGAGACAGUUGUUGCCGACAAUGGUAAUGCCAGAAACGGCGUUGUUUCAGUAAAUGAGCUACAAGUGGAUGACAAUCCAGAGAUCAAAGAAGACGAAUCAAGUAGUGAGGAUGACGAGAACUCAACAGUUGCUGUUAUUGCUUCUCUUCAAGGGGAAUCGGUGAAGGCACAUGAAGAUGAUGCUGACCAGACAGAGUUGAUGAUGAAUGAACAGAAAACUCAAGAUGAGCGUCAUGAUGAAGUAGACACAGAACCGCCGAAUGGCAGUCCAACGAAGUGUGCUGAUGAUGAUUAUGCUGAAGGAACUGAUGAUGCUAGCAUCUUGACCAAGGAUGGCGUUCCAGUUAAGAAUGGGUGGACCGGAGGUUUUGAACGUGAGUUGCUCUGGGGUUGGAAGGCCAUGCAGCAGCUUCUCAUGAGCCUGGGCUUCAAAAUGGAUGCAACAUGAAACAUUUCUGGUACUGCUUGCUAUAUAUGCACGGUCACAUGACGGUCUGGAUGGCGUGUUGCUAACUCUCAAGGAUGUAGUAGAAACUAGAAAGCAUUAGCAGGUAGCAGCAGCUGGGUAUUGUUGCGGCACUCUGUUGUGUGUACAGUCAUUGCAACUAGUUCUCAAUAAGCUAUCAUCAGUUUGGUGUCUCAGUAAUUAAAGCAGCCCCAGUUUGAGACGAUAAAGAUGCCAUCCCUCUGCUGCAAUGCAAAGGAUGUUAGCAAAUCUUAUAUUCGUCACGGAAAUUAAAUUCUGAACUGAACUGCAAGUACUGUGAUAAUUGUGCUCCGCUGCUGUGUCCGAAUGCAAUGUAAUCUAGCUUUGUUGGAAGAAAAAAAAUGAUAUAGACUCAGGUUUCAGAGGUA